CGAUUCAUCUGUUUGAAAGGACACAAACGCGGGCUAGUGACAAUUAUUUCUGCGUGUGAGUGAGUGACAGUGAGUCACACACACAGGGUCUACGUACAGAAAAUGGCCUUGUUAGAUGGAUCUACUUUUAAUAAUACCACAGACACGGCAAUGGACAACCGCACAAUCUUGCCCUAUUAUCGACAUUCAACAGCUAUGGCUCUGAGUUACAUCCUGUCUUAUAUUCUUGUACUUCUUCUUUGUGUUGGCGGCAAUGGACUUGUCUGCCUUGUUGUACUCCGUAACCGCAACAUGCGUUCCGUGACCAACCUGUUCAUUUUAAACUUGGCCAUUAGCGAUCUACUCGUUGGAGUGUUCUGUGUACCUACCACUUUGAUUGACAGCCUCAUUUCAGGCUGGCCGUUUGACCAGAUGACAUGCACCAUGAGCAACUUGAUUCAGGGGAUGUCUGUCUCAGCCUCCGUUUUCACGCUUGUGGCUAUAGCAGUUGACAGGUUCACGGGUAUUGUGUACCCCUUCAGACACCGUACGCGCCCUGUCACCGCUCUCUUCGCCAUUUUCUUCAUCUGGCUACUGGCCUUUGCCGUGAUCUUUCCUUCGGCCACCACACUGACCGUAACGCACUACGACAAUGCCUACAUGGAGCAGGGUAACCAUACCUACCCGCUGUUCGUGUGCUACGAGGACUGGUCGCAGCCGGAGAUGCGCCGCGUCUACACCACUGUCAUCUUCGUGCACGUGUACCUGGCACCGCUGGCACUCAUCAGCGUCAUGUACGGCUGCAUCGCCACCAAGCUCUCCGUCAAGCUGCAUGAGACGGGGCUGGCCGAGACGCGACGGAUGCGCUCACGGAGACGCAUCAAGGUCAUCAAGAUGCUCAUCAUGGUGGCCGUGCUCUUCAUGGUGUCCUGGCUGCCGCUGUGGACCCUCUGGCUGCUGGCCGACUACCAGGACCUGGACCCCCAGCAGAUCGACUUCCUCAGCAACUACCUGUUCCCAGUGGCUCACUGGCUGGCCUUUUCCAACAGCGGUAUCAACCCCAUCAUCUACGGCUUCUUCAAUGAGAACUUCCGCCGUGGUUUCCAGGCCGCCGUGGCCUGCCGCUCCUGCACCAACCUGGGCGUGGUCGUGCGCCCUGCUCGCUUCAUCAUGCCGCCCCCCAACAAGGUGUCCCACGAGGGCUCAAAGAAUGUCCACUACUCCCAGCACACGCCCAUUGGCAUCCAGCUGCAGGACUUCAACCGGGUGGGGCUGAACAACCGGGUGAUGGGUGCAUGGGUGGAGUGAUCGGCCACCAGGGGGCACUAGCACAGGGACAAGGAAGGAGGAAGUCCCAGCUGGGCCACAACACCCCACACACCUGUCUAUCCCACACACCUGUCUAUCCCACACACCUGUCUAUCCCACACA